GCUGCGGAGACAGGGAUGGUUGCGGAGUGUUGCCAUGCUUCAUACUAUGCGUGAGAGUCAGCUAGCAUCUGAUACAAGGCGUCAUUGCAUAUAAAAGGGAGGAAUUUCCAUGCGUUUGUAGCACUUCAGCAGUUGACACGGGUCUCUCUGUUUGGCUUCGUCAGGCUUCGUAUCUUCGAAACCUUCCUCGCAGAAUCAUCUUGGCUUCUCUCACUCAUGAAUCCAGGAGAGGAAGAUCCCUGUACUGUCUAUGGCAGUGAAAUGCAUUCUAUUCCUAUGUCUUACUACGGACGGGAUAGUUACAGCGCCUGUGCCUCAGAUGCACCCUAUUCCCUGGGGCAAGAACCCACUACAUUUGGGGAUGCCCAAGACCACCCUCUAACAGCAAGCGACGACCCUUCUUACAGGUCUUCGUAUGCUUCAUGUGAGACUCCUUGGGGCGUGGCCUCGGGCGCAGCCUCUUUUCCUUCUGACGGGACCGCAGACGUCACCGCGGACCCCCAGCAGCAGCCCGCCCUUGCCGGCAGAAGAAGGAGGCAACGCAAACCCAAGUUGUACAACUUGCCGGAACAAGACGACCCAGAGGAAGAAAUGAGGAGGCAAAGGGCGAAGCGAGAGAAGGAGAAAAGGGAGAAACGGCAUCAGGACGAAGUGAAUAUGAAGCGAGAGACAGAGAAAACACUAGAGGAAAACAGGCUUAUGAAAGUAGAGAAGGAACUGAGAAGUUGUAAUAUAAAUAUGAUGGAACAACUCCUGGCCAUGAGUGAAUCAGCCAUGUACCGAGGGCAACCAGAUGAGACGGGGGAGUUUGACCCUUAUGGACAGUACCAGCAACAACACUAGAGACGACCAAAGACAACGAUCCUCGGACAAUUCUUUUUUCACAGUUUUUCUCUUAAUCGAAAGCCAAGAAUCUUACUCCUUUGUAGUAAAUAAAGUUUGUUACGAAAAGAGUUUACCAAAUUACUAGUAAAAUUUACUCCUUAAUGGUGCUUAAUAAAG